GAGGGCCUGACCGGCCUGCUGACCACCAACCACAAGAGGACCAUUGAAUGCUAUGGAGACCAGGGAGAGUUCUCCAGUAAGGAGCAGCAUGUCCUGGACAAUGAGGGAAGGGCUGUUCUCACACGGCACAGGGGAGAAAAAAUAAUUUUAUAUGAUUUGUCCCAUGACUUUCUAUAUUUUCAGAAAUAUUGUCAUGGAAUGUAUCAAUUGUUAACUUGUUCUUGUACUGAAAAGCCGUCAUGUGUUUCUCAUGUGAUCUGAUUGUUUCUUUCUGUUUGUGUGCCCAUUUGCUUUUUCACAGGUGUGAAGACUGACAUGAAACAGUUACGGUGAUCCCACGAGCUGACCCAGAAAAGCCUGAAUGUAAACUGUUCUGUCACGAUCAUUGGUUAGAGAUGAGGACCAAGGCGCAGCGUUGCAGGCAAACACUCUUUAUUAGGCGAUAGAUAUACAAAAUGAUAACGUGACAGUUCACGGUCUAACACAAACCAAACUAGAAACAAGAUCCCACAAACUCUGUGGGGAAACAGGCUGCUAAAGUAUGGUUCUCAAUCAGAGACAACAAGCAACAGCUGAAUCACGUUCUCUGAUUGAGAACCACACUGGCCAACAUAGACAAACAAUACUAGAAUGUGAAACCUAGAACAAAACACAUAUACUUUACACACCCUGGCUCAACAUAUUAGAGUCCCCAGAGCCAGGGCGUGACAGUACCCCCCCCUAAAGGCGCGGACUCCGACCGCGCCCACCAAAUACCACAGGGGAGGGACCGGGUGGGCACUCCGCUUAGGCGGCGGAUCCGGCUCAAUCAAUCAAUCAAUCAAUUUUAUUUUAUAUAGCCCUUCUUACAUCAGCUAAUAUCUCGAAGUGCUGUACAGAAACCCAGCCUAAAACCCCAAACAGCUAGUAAUGCAGGUGUAGAAGCACGGUGGCUAGGUCUGAUCCCCGCUCCCUCUCCAACCCCCCAAAGUACCCCUGGUCCGGUCUGGCCCCGCUGGCCGGAACUGGACUGCACACUGGUGGAGCGGAUUGCUCUAGCUCCGGCGUGAAGCAUCUGACCGGUGCCGGACCAGCCACCAGUGGAACAGGCACGGGCCGUGCCGGACUGACGACGCACACCACUGGCUUGGUGUGGGGAGCAGGAGCGGGCCGAGCCGGCCUGACGAAACGCACCACUGACUUGGUGCGGGGAGCAGGUGCGGGCCGGGCUGACGAAACGCACCACUGACUUGGUGCGGGGAGCAGGAACGGGCCGAGCCGGGCUGACGAAACGCACCACUGACUUGGUGCGGGGAGCAGGAGCGGGCCGGACCGGGCUGACGAAACGCACCACUGACUUGGUGCGGGGAGCAGGAACGGGCCGAGCCGGGCUGACGAAACGCACCACUGACUUGGUGCGGGGAGCAGGAGCGGGCCGGACCGGGCUGACGAAGCGCACCACUGACUUGGUGCGGGGAGCAGGAGCGGGCCGGACCGAGCUGGCGACGCGCACCGUAGACUUGGUGCGAGUGGCAGGAACAGGCCGGACCGUACUGGGAACACACACCACUGGCCCUACGUGGGGAUCAGGAACAGGCCGGACCGGACUGGCAACACACCCCAGUACCUCUCGCCGUGCCUCUACACCUUCCAUCCCCUCUUCGACCAGUGGCCCCCGUAACCUGGCGGCCUCCUCUGCCAACCCGCUGGGCCGCUCUAUCGCGGCCUCCUGCUGCCCCGACGUCGUGAGCCCCCCCCUAAAAUUUUUCUGGGAGUCUCUCUUCCCCGUGGGCCAGGCCUCUAUGGUUCUCGCCCAACUCUCGCUCUUCUGCUUCCAAUUCCCGCCAUUCAGCUCCUCAUUCGGCUUGACCCAGUCGAAGCUCUUCCUCCACUGUUCCCAAGUCCACCCUCUCUGCUCCUCACUAGGCUGCUUGGUCCAGUUCUGGUGGGAUCUUCUGUCACGAUCGUUGGUUAGAGAUGAGGACCAAGGCGCAGCGUUGCAGGCAAACAUACUCUUUAUUAGGCGAUAGAUAUACAAAAUAAACAAAACGAUAACGUGACAGUUCACGGUCUAACACAAACCAAACUAGAAACAAGAUCCCACAAACUCUGUGGGGAAACAGGCUGCUAAAGUAUGGUUCUCAAUCAGAGACAACAAGCAACAGCUGAAUCACGUUGCCUCUGAUUGAGAACCACACUGGCCAACAUAGACAAACAAUACUAGAAUGUGAAACCUAGAACAAAACACAUAUACUUUACACACCCUGGCUCAACAUAUUAGAGUCCCCAGAGCCAGGGCGUGACAUGUUCAAACUGCAGUUUUACAAGCUGCUUCAAUAUCGGGCUCUAGCCAUUUUGGAAGCUGGGAGGUGAGUAGGCUAUAUGCAGGGGGACUUGGGUUGUGUGGGUGUCAUGAAAGAGGACAAACUGAUAGGAGAUUUGCUCAAUUAAUUUUAUUGGAAGUCUCAUUUUUCUUUGUUUUCUCUGACUCUUCCACCCAGCCAUGAUAUCGUCUUGGAAGAUGUGAAUACAUCCCACCGGCCCAUAGAUCACUGUGACCCAGAUGAAAUAGUAAGUGAAGUAAUCAGAAAUCUUUCAGGUGAUGGUUUGAUGUCCUCAUUCACAGACAUAAUUAUAUUUACUUUUGCGUUUUGACAUCUGUUUAUUAAUAGCUGUCAUAUUGUUACUCCUGCUGUCUGUUUACUUUGAAUAGGAUGAUUUUUGAGGAUCACCCAAGGAGGAAAUGGCUAAAUGUUUUCCUCGUUGAUGACAGUGAAGGAAAGGAAGUUUGAACAAGAGAAUAACGAUGAGGAAGAGUCUGAGAGAACCUCAAUAAAACCCCUCCGCAGCGGAAAGUUUGGACACCUUCUGCCGUUUUCACCCAACACGUUCCAAGGCUUUCACCUGUUGA